UUCACCAGACGGAAAAUUAACAAGUGCCGUGGCCGCCUUACUCCUUCCUUCCACUCGAUAAGAUAUCGAUAAACACCGAUAGCCCUUCGAGCACACAUCGGCACUUGGUCGCCAGCCACUCCGACUGUUGACACCAAGAUAAGGGCAUGAUUUGUUUACGGACUAUAAUUAAACAUUUGCAGUGUGUCGCGACGUAACACCCAGUAACUUCUGUUGACGGCCAGUGGGGUAGUGUCCUGUUAGUGCGCUGUUAUUUUCCAGUCAUGGACGGCAAGAAACGGACUGAUGCGGAUGAGAAUACGCGGCUGUUAGAUGAUGAUCAUAGUGGUAUGUUCAAAGUGGGUUCGAGCAGUGAGUCUGGUAGCAAUGUGUCGAGUGAGGAUACGAUAGUGUUUGAUACGAAGAUGAUGAAGACGUCGACGCUUGCUGAAGACCUGGCGGCGACGUGGGGCGGGCGGCGUUCGGCGCCUGACUCUGGGCGGCUGCGGCGCGCGCAGUCCUGGUCCGGCGGACCCCCGGAUGAUGUCAGCUCCGAGAUCAGGAUACUCAGGGAACGACUACUCCGCACCCAGACGCGUCCGCGGCCGUACGCCGUGCGCAACCUGUCGCGCCGUCAGCGCCUCACACUCGCCUCUCUGGCACUCGUGGACUUCAUGAGCUUCUGCUCCAUGAGUGUGAUGGCGCCGUUCUUCCCACGGGAGGCCGCUAUGAAGGGCCUGUCGGAUACUAUGUGUGGGCUGGUGUUCAGCUUUUACGCUAUUGUCAUGUUCCUAACGUCGCCGGUGUUUGGGAAGUAUUUACCAAUAAUGGGAGCCAAGAUGAUGUUUACCUCGGGGAUGUUCGUGGCAGGAGCUUGCAACGUCCUGUUUGGCACCCUAGUCCUGAUCGAAGACGUGACCACUUUCACGGCGCUCUGCUUCGUGGUCCGCGGGCUGGAGGCCCUGGGCGCCAGCGCGUACUCCACGGCGAGCUACGUGUUCGUGGUGAACGCCUUCCCGGACAGCAUCGGGUCGGUGCUCGGGAUUCUGGAGACGUUUGUCGGUCUCGGCAUGUCGGUCGGACCCGCUAUUGGGGGGCUGCUGUACUCGAUCGGGGGCUUCGGGCUCCCGUUCUACACGCUCGGCAUCAUCAUGAUCGCCACCGUGCCCAUCAACCACUGCCUGCUCACGGAAACUGAAGAAUACGUGACUGGAUCAAAAUCCGGAUCAAUCCUGAAACUCUUUAAGAUCCCUUCAAUCAUAAUCACUGGUUUAGUGAUCGUGAUUGUUUCCAACACUUGGGCCUUCUUGGACCCAACGUUGGAGCCACAUUUGCGACAGUUCGGAUUGUCGACGGAGCAAAUUGGCCUGAUCUUCCUUCUGUUCUCCAGUUUGUACGGGAUAUUCAGCCCUAUUUGGGGUUGGGUGGCUGAUAGAGUGCACAACCACUGGUGCAUGAUGGUGUGGGGACUGUUUCUGUCUACUCUUGGACUUCUUCUGCUUGGUCCAUGCCCGUUCAUUCCUGGACUUCCACCAGACUUGUGGCUUGAUCUUGUGGCUCUGUCGAUACUGGGGAUGUCUGUAGCGCUGACUCUUCUACCAACAUUCCAGGGAGUCCUUACGAGUUCAAUCUACGAGGGCGGCUGCCCAGAAGCCCUGGCCACCUACAGCGCAGUAGCAGGCGUGUGGUCCUGCUGCUACUCCCUGGGCGAGGUCCUCGGGCCAGCCCUCGGCGGGGCCCUGGCGCAGCGGUACGGGUUCCCGCUCUGUGCCACGUUGUGCGCCGCCGCUUGUUUCACUAUGGCAGUAGUAACCCUCACCUUCUUCUCCCUCCGCGAGUCGCACAAGCUGUUCUCCGAGACGGCCUCGGACUCCAUCCCCUACACGGACUCCACGUGGAACAGCAAGGACUUCCUGCGCACGCGUAGCGCGCCGGCCAGCGCCCGCGCCGGGGAGGACGCGCCGCUACUGACGCCGGCUUGCUCUUGUGAAGCUAAGAGCGGUUACUACGGCGCGUCUCUGAAACACCCGUGCCUGCACCACAGUAAACGCAAAAAUAACAUCUCAGCGAGCAUCGCAGACGCCGCCGCCUACUUCCUAAAGUUCCAAUAUCUCACAAACACAUUCCUUAGAUUUAGAAAAUUUAAAGACGAUUCACCGCCGUCCAACACCGUCUUAUACCAGAACUACCUCAGAGCUAGUGAAGAGGAUGCGCCAAAGAAAGAAUGGCCAGCAAAAGAUAUUGAGAAACAAAACAACAACCUAGUCCAAACAGAAAAAGACAAAUACUUCGCUUUCCUCGAAAACGCCAUCUUUGGAACUGACGAGGCUAGGGAAGAUAUGGAUAACUUGAAAGUGAAAAAGGAUAAUAAAGGUCUCGUGCCGAGGUUCCUGAGCUCGUUGGAUGACCGCCGGAACUCCGAAGAUGUGCUGAGACACAAUGUUGAGAAAGUUAACUUUUACGAACAGAAUCAAGCUUGCAACUCUAUCGAUAUUUUUGAUGGGUGCGGGUGUCGAGAUGGCGUCACCUAUGUAAGAGGGACGGUUGCACUCUCAUCAACCGGUGCGUGCGAAGUUUAGUUAAAUUUUAAUUAAUACUUAGAUAAUUAAUUAAUUUUACUUUUAAAUAAUGAUUUAAGUCAAUUUUUUACUGAUUACAGACAUUAAGUAUACAAUAGAAA